AUGCUUUCUUCAAACUCUGAACCCGGUUCAUUACCGGGUUCAUCAGGUGACGUAGUACCAUUCAUUAACCCACCUACAAAUCACUCAGAUUAUAAUUCUACCCCCUACAAUGACAACAAUGACGUUCCCAACGAGAUCAUCCCGAACAUCACCAACCAAGUUCCCGACAACGUAGAUGACUAUCUUAAUACAAGGCAUGCAGCAUCCGUCUCUGGCAGACAACAGCUUCAGUUGACGCUGGAUUCCUGCCUAGCAUCGAGAGUUGGCACUGAUGUACAAGCGGAUUCCCAAGACUGCCCUACAACCGUUGCUGGUCCACCACAUCCUUCUCAAUCUUCAACUCGGCAGAACUCCACUCACGAAAAUGCGCCUUCUACAAGCCAUGAACCCGGUUCAUUGCCGUGGAACACGCGAGGUUUUUGGAGACAACAUUCUGAGCUGCUUACCAAACUGGCCUCGAAUCCACCAAUUGUCAUCGCCAUUCAGGAAGCUAUGACGAAUCGAUUUAAUGGCGCACUUUGGAACAUGUACACAUGGUAUUCAUCUGACAAUCAACAAACUCGAAGCAACGGAAUAGUAACAAUUGGUGUGCUGAACUGCAUCCCGCAUCAACAAGUAUCCCUUCGCUCUGACAUAAAAAGUAUUGGAAUUCGCAUCACAUCACCGAUAAAAGUAACAAUCGUUAACGUUUAUGUCGAGCAUGCUUUUAAACACGACGAACUUUCCGCUGGGCUUUCAUCCCUUCUGGAAGGGUUAGAGCCUCCAUACCUAAUAGCUGGCGAUUUUAAUGCUCGACAUGCAGCUUGGGAUCCUAUGAAGACCAACCAAAAAGGCCGCAUCGUUCUAAACUGGAUUAUCGACGAGCAACUCAAUCUACUAAACGAUGGUUCACCAACACGUAUAUGUGAUCAUAGCUGCAUUGCAUCUGCCAUCGAUCUUACGCUAGCUUCAAACAGCCUGGCAAACCGGUUAUCAUGGAAAGUUGAUCCCGAUCCCAUCAACAGCGACCAUCUUCCGAUUUCAACAUUCCUAGAUACUCCGUUACUCAAACUAUCCACAAGACAAAUUUGGCGAUACAAAGAUGCUGAUUGGUCUCGUUUUGAAGAAUUAUUAAAAAGUAAAAUAUCUUCUCAAAGCACGUUUUCUGUUGAACAACUCACAGAUCAUAUUUUUGAUGCUGCAGUUGUUACCAUUCCACGAUCCAGUCUACGUUGUGGCUCGAAGAAUGUUGUCUGGUGGAACUCGGAAGUUGAGGAAGCUGUGCGUGCGCGAAGAAAAGCUCUUCGCAAAGCAAGGAAAUUAAGCGGAAAUGAACAAACGAAAAUGGCGGCGAUGGCAAACUUUAGAAAAAUUCGUAACCAGACAAGAAGAAUCAUAAAGCAAGCCAAGGCUGACUCAUGGGAACAAUUUGCUUCGAGCUUCAAUCCACAAACACCGGUCUCCUGUAUGUGGCAAAAUUUUAACAGAAUCUCCGGGAAGAAAACGUGUAGAACUCUGCGAAUUAACUCUGAAGGACAGUUUAAGGAGGACCCGCUUGACAUUGCUGAAGAUUUUGCACAGUAUUUUGCUAAUUCUUCCAAAUCAACUACUCCUGAUCCCAAUCGCAACAUCGCUAACAAUAAUGAAGUAAAUCGUCAUAAUCCUUGUAUUGAUCGGGAUUUUACAUUCGUCGACCUUCAGAGAGCCAUCAAUCGUUGCUCCGGUAAUUCAGUUGGUCUCGACCUAACUCCAAUCACUUCGGUGCUCAAAAACAAGCUGCGUUUCACUCCAUGGCACAUCGUUUAUACAACAUACCUAUGGAAACCAGUGUGUUUAGCAAUGAAAAAGAAAAAAAUAUUAUCGGCUGCAAAUCUGAAUGGAUACGACAAAGAAUUUGUUCAUAAAAUUCUUCGCAAACACGAGAGGAAAAAGUUCCGGAAUAAUGCAACCACCUUCAAACCAGAAAAAGAAGAAUCUCAAAGAGUCAGUUUGCUGUUCUUCCCACCACUGACUAACGAUAUUCGAAAGAUUCUCUCGAACCAUGGUUUGAAAGUUGCAUACAAAAGCUCCAACACCUUAAAAGAUCGGUUGGUGUCACUGAAAGACAAAGUCCCACCGGAAGAAAGAUCCGGAAUUUACGAGAUUCCGUGUGAGACUUCUCCAGCAGUUUAUAUUGGCCAGACAAGACGAAAAUUUAAAACACGAAUAAAAGAACAUAAAAACGCUGUGGACAACAACAAAACCAACGAAUCCAGCGUAGCCGCCCACGCAUCGGAAUCUAACAACUCUAUAGAUUGGGAAAAGAACGUGCACCGGAUAGAAACGCUCAGGUUACCUGGCCUACCUGAGAAACAACCAAGAACGGACAAGCAUCGAACGAGCACCUGGGAACUGCCGGAUAAGCACAAACGUGCGCCGCCGCCUCGAUAG